UGUGUGUGUGUGUGUGCUGAAUCGUGCCGCCCUCAGGUCCAACGUGGUGAGGCUCAGCAUGAAGUUGCGGCGGUGUUGUACGUACCACCUGUGGGCCACGUUCUGCCCUACGGUCCUGUUGCACAUCGUGGGGUACGGUACGAUGACAGUGCCCGCGGAGGACUUGCAGAGCCGCGUGAUGCUGAGUCUCCUGGCCUUGCUGACGCUGGUGUCGCUGUACUCAGACACGCUGGCGACCCUCCCGUCCUGCUCGUACCUCCGCCUGCUUGAUCUGUGGCUUCUCUUCAGCGUCGCUUUCCCCGCCGCUGUCAUCGCAGUGCACAUGGCCUCCAGUGGGCCUGACAAAAUCACGGCCAGUCUUGUCCUGCGCCGGGGAAGAGUUCUCCUGGGUGUUCUCUACAGUCUCUUCGUCUGUAUCUACCUCAUUAUUCUCUACGCCACUAGCUGACUCACCAGGCUUUGACGCAGUGUAGAAACUUACAUCCACACUCACAUCUAGAACUAUAUUCUGAGUUUAUUUUCCGCACAAUGACUACUUCCCAGAGGUUCUAAUUGAAGUGUCAUGGGUUGUUAAGGAUGUUGCGUCGCCUUCGUUUUUCUCCACUCCACACAUUGAUUGGCCUAACACUGACACGAUAGAGAGCGGCCAUGUAGAAAAGAAGUCAAAUAGUCAAGUUAUCUCGUAUGGAUGCCUUUCCUCUCUCUCUCUCUCUCUCUCUCUCUCUCUCUCUCUC